UUUUUUGGAGGGGAGGGUGGCCACUCCGACCUGGAUUUACCGUUCUUGGCCACCCUAGGCCCCCCCGUGCGGGGGGCGGCUGUGAUCGCUCUGGCGGUUGGAGGUCGGGGAGCGGCCCGGGCUCUGGCCAUGUUCUCGGAUGAGGAUUUCUGGAUCGCCCUGUGAAGAGGUCUCCCCGAGAGGGCCCUGCCCAGUCGGAGAGAGGGAUGGAUAGCCAGAAGCCGCCUGGUGAGGAUAAAGAUUCAGAACCGGCAGCUGAUGGACAUGCAGCCUCUGAGGAGUCAGGCGCCACUGAGGCAGACCUUCCCAACCCACAUGUGGUGGAGGUAUCUGUGCCCACUUCUGGGGGUCUCAGGCCUCAGGAACCUCCCCAGGACCGCAGUGGGGGUCCACUGCGGCGUUGUGCUCUCUGUAACUGCGGGGAGCCCAGUCUGCAUGGGCAGCGGGAGCUACGGCGCUUUGAGUUGCCAUUUGACUGGCCCCGGUGUCCAGUGGUGUCUCCUGGGGGGAGCUCAGGGCACAAUGAGACAGCACUGCCCAGUGAGGACCUAUCACAGAUUGGUUUCCCUGAGGGCCUGACACCUGCCCACCUAGGAGAACCUGGAGGGUCCUGCUGGGCUCACCAUUGGUGUGCUGUGUGGUCGGCCGGUGUAUGGGGGAAGGGGGGCCCAGAACUAUGUGGUGUGGACAAGGCCAUCUUCUCAGGGAUCUCACAGCACUGCUCCCACUGCACCAGGCUUGGUGCCUCCAUCCCUUGUCGCUCACCUGGAUGUCCACGGCUUUACCACUUCCCCUGUGCGACGGCCAGCGGUUCCUUCUUAUCCAUGAAAACACUGCAGCUGCUAUGCCCGGAGCACAGUGAGGGUGCCGCGCAUCUGGAGGAGGCUCGUUGUGCAGUGUGUGAGGGACCGGGGGAACUGUGUGACCUGUUCUUCUGUACCAGUUGUGGGCAUCACUAUCAUGGGGCCUGCCUGGACACUGCUCUGACUGCCCGCAAGCGUGCUGGCUGGCAGUGCCCUGAAUGCAAAGUGUGCCAAGCCUGCAGGAAACCUGGGAAUGAUUCUAAGAUGUUGGUCUGUGAGACGUGUGACAAAGGAUACCACACCUUCUGCCUAAAACCACCUAUGGAAGAACUGCCUGCUCACUCUUGGAAGUGCAAGGCAUGCCGGGUAUGCCGGUCCUGUGGGGCAGGCUCAGCAGAGCUGAAUCCCAACUCUGAGUGGUUCGAGAACUACUCACUCUGUUACCGCUGUCACAAAACCCAGGGAGGACAGCCUAUCAGUUCUGAUGCUGAGCAGCGUUCUGCUGUCUGUAGUAGAUUCUCACCCCCAGAGCCUGGCGAUACCCCCACUGAUGAGCCCGAUGCUCUGUACGUUGCAUGCCAAGGGCAGCCAAAGGGUGGGCACGUGACCUCUAUGCAACCCAAGGAACCGGGGCCCCUGCAAUGUGAAGCCAAACCACUAGGGAGAGCAGGGGCCCAACUUGAGCCACAGUUGGAGGUCCCCCUAAAUGAGGAGAUGCCACUGCUGCCCCCACCUGAGGAGUCGCCCCUGUCCCCACCACCUGAGGAAUCACCCUCAUCCCCGCCGCCUGAGGCAUCUCGUCUAUCCCCGCCGCCGGAGGAAUCGCCCCUCUCUCCACCGCCUGAGGAGUCUCCUCUGUCUCCCCCGCCUGAAUCAUCACCUUUUUCUCCACUGGAAGAGUCACCCUUUUCUCCACCAGGGGAGUCACCCCCACCUCCUCCACUUGAGACACCCCUGUCCCCACCACCUGAAGCAUCACCCCUGAACCCACCAUUUGAGGAGUCUCCCCUGUCCCCACCACCCGAGGAAUUACCCACUUCUCCACCACCUGAAGCAUCUCGCCUGUCUCCUCCACCUGAGGAGUCACCCAUGUCUCCUCCACCUGAGGAGUCACCCAUGUCUCCUCCACCUGAGGCAUCGCGGAUGUUCCCACCAUUUGAAGAAUCACCCCUGUCCCCCCCACCAGAGGAGUCUCCCCUCUCCCCCCCACCUGAGGCUUCACGCCUUUCCCCACCACCUGAGGAGUCACCCAUGUCCCCCCCACCUGAGGAUUCACCCAUGUCCCCCCCACCUGAGGUAUCAUGCCUAUCUCUCCUGCCUGAAGUGUCACGCCUGUCCCCUCCGCCUGAGGAGUCUCCCCUGUCUCCACCACCUGAGGAGUCUCCCACAUCCCCACCACCUGAGGCGUCACGUGUAUCCCCACCACCUGAGGAUUCACCCACGUCCCCCCCACCUGAAGGCUCCCCUGCGUCUCCGCCUCCGGAGGACUUGCUCAAGUCCCUACCACCGGAGGAGUCACCCCUGUCGCCAUUGCCUGAGGAGCUGCAAUUCUGCCCCCGACUUGAACCGCGCCUGUCCCCCAAGCCUGAGGAGCCUCGCCUGUCCCCCAAGCCUGAGGAGCCUCGCCUGUCCCCCAAACCUGAGGAGCCGCGCCUGUCCCCCCAUCCUGAGGAGCCGCGCCUGUCCCCCAAACCUGAGGAGCCUCGCCUUUCCCUCCAGCCUGAGGAGCCUCGCCUGUCCCCCAAACCUGAGGAGCCUCGCCUUUCCCCCCAUCCUGAGGAGCCGCGCCUGUCCCCCAAACCUGAGGAGCUGCGCCUAUCCCCCAAAUCUGAGGAGCUGAGUCUGUCCCCCAAACCUGAGGAGCUAAGUCUGUCCCCCAAACCUGAGGAGCUGAAUCUGUCCCCCAAACCUGAGGAGCUGAGUCUGUCCCCCAAACCCGAGGAGCCGCACCUGUCCCCCCAUCCUGAGGAGCCGCACCUGUCCCCCCAUCCUGAGGAGCCGCACCUGACCCCCAAACCUGAGGAGCUGCACCUGUCCCCCAAGCCUGAGGAGCCUCGCCUGUCCCCCCAGCCUGAGCAGCCUCGCCUGUCCCCCCAGCCUGAGGAGCUGCACCUGUCCCCCAAGCCUGAGGAGCCUCGCCUGUCCCCCCAGCCUGAGCAGCCAUGCCUGUCCCCCCAGCCUGAGGAGCCGCGCCUGUCCCCCCAGCCUGAGCAGCCGCGCCUGUCCCCGCAGCCUGAGCAGCUGUGCCUGUCCCCUCGCCCUGAGGAGCUGCGCCUGUCCCCCCAGCCUGAGGAGCUGCGCCUGUCCCCCAAACCUGAGGAGCCUCGCCUGUCCCCUUGCCCUGAGGUGCCGCGCCUGUCCACUCGGCCUGAGAACCCAUACCUGUUGCUUGCAGCCGAGGAACUGCGUCUGCCCCCCCAGCCUGAGGAGCUGUGCCUAACACUUGGACCUGAGGAGCUGCACCUAUCCCACCAUUCGGAAGAACCACGCCUGUCCUCCCAGCCUGAGGAGCCACACCUGUUCCCCCCGCCUGAGGAGCCACAGCCAUCUCCUGCGCCUGAGGAGUUGCGCCUGUCCCCUCGACCUGAGGAGCCUCAUCUGUCCCCCCGGCCUGAGGAGCCGCAUCUGUCCCCCCGGCCUGAGGAGCUACACCUGUCUCCCCACCCUAAGGAACCAUGCCUGUCCCCUCAAACUGAAGAGCCCCUUAGGGAGCCAGGCCUAUGCUCUGCACCUGAGGGAUUGCCCUUAUCCCCCUUGCUUGGAGAGCCGGCUCUGUCUGCGCCUGGGGAGCCACCUCUGACCCCUCUGCCUGAAGAGCUGCCGUUGUCCCCAUCUAGGGAGCCAUCCUUGUCACCUCAGCUGAUGCCACCAGAUCCACUUCCUCCUCCGCUCUCACCCAUUAUCACAGCUGUGGCCCCACCAGCUCUCUCUCCUUUGGGGGUGUUAGAGUACCCCUUUGGUGCCAAAGGGGACAGUGACCCUGAGUCACCAUUGGCUGCCCCCAUCCUAGAGACACCCAUUAGCCCUCCACCGGAAGCUAACUGCACUGACCCCGAGCCUGUGCCCCCUAUGAUCCUUCCCCCAUCUCCAGGCUCCCCAAUGGGACUGGCCUCUCCCAUCCUGAUGGAAUCCCUUCCCUCUCAGUGUUCUCCACUCCUCCAGCACCCCCUACCUCCCCCAAACUCCCCUCCUUCCCAGUGCUCUCCUCCUGCUCUGCCACUGUCCAUUCCCUCCCCACUGAGUCCCAUAGAGAAGGCAAUGGAGGUCUCACAUGAGGCUGAGCCGCCUGAGAUGGAGAUUGAAAAAGCCCCAGAACCUGAAUGCCCAGCCUUGGAGCCUAGCCCUACUAGUCCUCUCCCUUCCCCCAUGGGAAACCUUUCCUGUCCUGCACCCAGCCCUGCCCCACCCCUGGAAGACUUCUCUGGCCUGGGGGAAGACACAGCCCCUCUGGAGGGGACUGACACUCCUGAUUCCCAGCCAGAGGCUGGACAGACCCCUGGCAGUUUGGCUAGUGAACUUAAGGGUUCCCCUGUGCUCCUGGACCCCGAGGAGCUGGCCCCUGUGACCCCUAUGGAGGUCUAUGGCCCAGAGUGCAAGCAGACAGGGCAGGGCUCGCCCUGUGAAGAGCAAGAGGAGCCACAUGCACCAGUGGCCCCUACCCCACCUGUUCUCAUCAAAUCCGACAUCGUUAAUGAGAUCUCCAAUCUGAGCCAGGGCGAUGCCAGUGCCAGUUUUCCUGGCUCAGAGCCUCUGCUGGGCUCUCCUGACCCCGAGGGGGGCGGCUCCUUGUCUAUGGAGUUGGGGGUAUCUACAGAUGUUAGUCCAGCUCGAGAUGAAGGCUCCCUUCGGCUCUGUACUGACUCUCUGCCAGAGACUGAUGACUCGCUACUGUGUGAUAAUGGGACAGCUGUCAGCGGAGGCAAAGCUGAAGGGGACAAGGCGAAGCGGCGCAGCUCCCCAGCUCGUUCCCGCAUCAAACAGGGUCGCAGCAGUAGUUUCCCAGGAAGGCGCCGGCCACGUGGAGGAGCACAUGGAGGCCGAGGGAGAGGACGGGCCCGGCUAAAAUCAACCACUUCUUCCAUCGAGACUCUGGUUGCUGAUAUCGAUAGCUCUCCCAGCAAGGAGGAAGAAGAUGAUGAUGACGACACCAUGCAAAAUACUGUGGUUCUUUUCUCCAAUACAGACAAGUUUGUCCUAAUGCAGGACAUGUGUGUAGUAUGUGGCAGCUUUGGCCGGGGAGCAGAGGGCCACCUCCUUGCCUGCUCUCAGUGUUCGCAGUGCUAUCACCCAUACUGUGUCAACAGCAAGAUCACCAAGGUGAUGCUGUUAAAGGGCUGGCGUUGUGUGGAGUGCAUCGUGUGUGAGGUAUGCGGCCAGGCUUCAGACCCCUCACGCCUGCUGCUCUGUGAUGACUGUGACAUUAGCUACCACACCUACUGCCUGGACCCCCCACUGCUCACCGUGCCCAAAGGCGGCUGGAAGUGCAAGUGGUGUGUGUCUUGUAUGCAGUGUGGGGCCGCCUCCCCUGGCUUCCACUGUGAAUGGCAGAACAGUUAUACACACUGCGGGCCCUGUGCCAGCCUGGUGACCUGCCCUAUCUGUCAUGCCCCAUAUGUGGAAGAGGACCUUCUGAUCCAGUGCCGCCAUUGUGAACGGUGGAUGCAUGCCGGCUGCGAGAGCCUCUUCACAGAGGAUGAUGUGGAGCAGGCAGCGGAUGAGGGCUUUGACUGUGUCUCCUGCCAGCCUUACAUAAUUAAGCCUGCUGCACCUGUUGCGCCUCCAGAGUUGGUGUCUAUGAAGGUGAAAGAGCCAGAGCCCCAGUACUUUCGCUUCGAGGGUGUGUGGCUGACAGAAACUGGCAUGGCUGUGCUGCGUAACCUUACCAUGUCACCCCUACACAAGCGGCGCCAGCGGCGAGGACGACUUGGCCUCCCAGGUGAGGCUGGGCUGGAAGGUUCCGAGCCCUCAGAUGCCCUUGGCCCUGAUGACAAGAAGGAUGGGGACCUAGACACCGAAGAGCUGCUCAAGGGUGAAGGUGGUGUGGAGCACAUGGAGUGUGAAAUUAAACUGGAGGGCCCCAUCAGCCCUGACAUAGAGCCUGGCAAGGAGGAGACUGAGGAGAGCAAAAAACGCAAACGCAAACCCUAUCGUCCUGGCAUUGGUGGUUUCAUGGUGCGACAGCGGAAAUCCCACACACGUGUGAAAAAGGGGCCUGCUGCACAGGCGGAGGUGUUGAGUGGGGAUGGGCAGCCCGACGAGGUGAUGCCUGCUGACCUGCCUGCAGAGGGCUCUGUGGAACAGAGCCCAGCAGAUGCAGAAGAAAAGAAGAAGCAGCAGCGGCGAGGGCGUAAGAAGAGCAAACUAGAGGACAUGUUUCCUGCUUACCUGCAGGAGGCCUUCUUUGGGAAGGAGCUGUUGGACUUGAGCCGGAAGGCCCUUUUUGCAGUUGGGGUGGGCCGGCCAAGCUUUGCACUAGGAACCCCAAAAGCCAAGGGGGACGGAAGCUCAGAUAGGAAGGAGCUCCCCACCUUACAGAAAGGAGAUGAUGGUACAGAGGUUGCAGAUGAAGAAUCCCGUGGUGCUGAGGGCAAGGCUGAUACACCAGGACCUGAGGAUGGGGGCGUAAAAGCAUCCCCAGUGCCCAGUGACCCCGAGAAGCCAGGAACCCCGGGAGAAGGGAUGCUUAGCUCUGACUUAGACAGGAUUCCUACAGAAGAACUGCCCAAGAUAGAAUCCAAGGACCUGCAGCAGCUCUUCAAGGACGUUCUGGGUUCUGAGCGAGAGCAGCAUCUGGGUUGUGGAACCCCUGGCCUAGAUGGCAGCCGAACGCCGCUGCAGAGGCCCUUUCUUCAAGGUGGACUCCCUUUGGGCAAUCUCCCCUCCAGCAGCCCAAUGGACUCCUAUCCUGGCCUCUGCCAAUCCCCAUUCUUGGAUUCUAGGGAGCGCGGGGGCUUCUUUAGCCCGGAACCAGGUGAACCAGACAGUCCCUGGACAGGCUCAGGGGGCACCACGCCCUCCACCCCCACCACCCCCACCACGGAGGGUGAGGGCGACGGGCUUUCCUAUAACCAGCGGAGUCUUCAGCGCUGGGAGAAGGAUGAGGAGUUGGGCCAACUCUCCACUAUCUCGCCUGUGCUGUAUGCCAACAUUAACUUUCCCAAUCUCAAGCAAGAUUACCCAGACUGGUCUAGCCGUUGCAAACAAAUCAUGAAGCUCUGGAGAAAAGUUCCAGCCGCUGAUAAAGCCCCCUAUCUGCAAAAGGCCAAAGAUAACCGGGCGGCUCACCGCAUCAACAAGGUGCAAAAGCAGGCUGAGAGCCAGAUCAACAAGCAGACCAAGGUGGGCGACAUGGCCCGUAAGACUGACCGACCGGCCCUACAUCUCCGCAUUCCCCCCCAGCCAGGGGCACUGGGCAGUCCGCCCCCCGCUGCGGCCCCCACCAUUUUCAUUGGCAGCCCCACCACCGCCGCCGGCUUGUCUACCUCUGCGGACGGGUUCCUGAAGCCGCCGGCGGGCACGGUGCCUGGCCCCGACUCGCCCGGUGAGCUCUUCCUCAAGCUCCCACCCCAGGUGCCCGCCCAAGUGCCUUCGCAGGACCCCUUUGGACUGGCCCCUGCUUACGCUCUGGAGCCCCGCUUCCCCACAGCACCAUCUACCUAUCCUCCCUAUCCUAGUCCGACUGGGGCUCCUGUGCAGCCCCCAACGCUGGGCACCUCAUCUCGUCCUGGGACUGGCCAGCCAGGGGAAUUCCACACUACCCCUCCUGGCACCCCCCGACACCAGCCCUCCACACCUGAUCCCUUCCUCAAACCCCGCUGCCCCUCAUUGGACAACCUGGCUGUGCCUGAGAGCCCAGGGGUAGGGAGUGGCAAGGCUUCCGAGCCCCUGCUGUCACCCCCGCCUUUUGGGGAGUCUCGGAAAGCUCUGGAGGUGAAGAAGGAAGAGCUUGGGGCAUCCUCUCCUAGCUAUGGGCCUCCAAACCUGGGCUUUGUUGACUCACCCUCAGGCCCCCACCUGGGCAGCCUGGAGUUAAAGGCACCUGAUGUCUUCAAAGCCCCCCUAACCCCUCGGGCAUCUCAGGUAGAGCCCCAGAGCCCGGGCUUGGGCCUAAGGCCCCAGGAGCCAUCCCCUGCCCAGGCUUUGGCCCCUUCUCCCCCCAGCCACUCAGAUAUCUUUCGCCCUGGCCCCUACCCUGACCCUUAUGCUCAGCCCCCAUUGACCCCUCGACCCCAGCCCCCAGCCCCUGAGAGCUGCUGUGCCCUACCCCCUCGAUCACUGCCUUCUGACCCUUUCUCCCGAGUGCCCGCUAGUCCCCAGUCCCAAUCCAGCUCCCAGUCCCCAUUGACACCCCGUCCUUUGUCUGCUGAGGCUUUUUGUCCAUCUCCUGUGACCCCUCGCUUCCAAUCCCCUGACCCUUAUUCCCGCCCACCCUCUCGCCCUCAGUCCCGUGACCCAUUUGCCCCAUUGCAUAAGCCACCCCGACCCCAGCCCCCUGAAGUUGCCUUUAAGUCUGGGCCUCUAGCCCACACUCCACUGGGGGCUGGGGGCUUUCCAGCAGCCCUGCCCUCAGGGCCAGCAGGUGAGCUCCAUGCCAAGGUCCCAAGUGGGCAGCCCCCAAAUUUCGCCCGAUCCCCUGGGACGGGUGCAUUUGUGGGCACGCCCUCUCCCAUGCGUUUCACUUUCCCACAGGCAGUAGGGGAACCCUCUUCCCUAAAGCCCCCUGUCCCUCAGCCUGGUCUCCCUCCACCCCAUGGGAUCAACAGCCAUUUUGGGCCUGGCCCUACUUUGGGCAAGCCUCAAAGCACAAACUACUCAGUAGCCACGGGGAACUUCCACCCAUCGGGUAGUCCUCUGGGACCCAGCAGCGGGUCCACAGGAGAGGGCUAUGGGCUGUCCCCGCUACGCCCCCAAUCGGUCCUACCACCACCUGCACCCGAUGGAUCCCUCCCCUACCCGCCCCAUGGAGCCUCACAGCGGGCUGGCAUCACCUCUCCAGUCGAUAAGCGAGAAGACCCAGGAGCUGGAAUGGCCGGCUCUUUGGCAGCACCUGAACUUCCAGGUACCCAGGACCCAGGUAUCUCCAGCCUCAGCCAGACAGAGCUGGAGAAGCAACGGCAGCGCCAGCGACUGCGAGAGCUGUUGAUUCGGCAACAGAUCCAGCGCAAUACCCUGCGGCAGGAGAAGGAAACAGCGGCGGCAGCUGCAGGAGCAGUGGGGCCUCCAGGGAGCUGGGGUGCUGAGCCCAGCAACCCUGCCUUUGAGCAGCUGAGUCGAGGCCAGACCCCCUUUGUUGGGACCCAGGAUAAGAGUAGCCUUGGGCUGCCCUCAAACAAGCUGGGUGGCCCCAUCCUAGGGCCAGGGGCUUUCCCAAGUGAUGACCGACUCUCCCGGCCACCUCCACCAGCCACCCCUUCCUCUAUGGAUGUGAAUAGCCGGCAACUGGUGGGAGGCUCCCAAGCCUUCUAUCAGCGAGCACCCUAUCCUGGGUCCCUGCCCUUACAGCAGCAACAGCAACACCAACACCUCUGGCAGCAGCAGCAGCAAGCAACAGCAGCAAACUCCAUGAGACUUGCCAUGUCUACUCGCUUUUCAUCAACUCCUGGGCCUGAACUUGGCCGCCAAAACCUAGGUUCCCCUAUGGCAGGACUUCCCACUCGCCUGCCUGGCCCUGGUGAGCCAGUGCCUGGUCCAGCUGGUCCUGCCCAGUUCAUUGAGUUGCGGCACAAUGUACAAAAAGGACUAGGACCUGGGGGGCCUCCAUUUCCUGGUCAGGGUCCCCCUCAGAGACCCCGUUUUUACCCUGUAAGUGAGGACUCCCACCGAUUGGCUCCUGAAGGGCUUCGUGGUCUAACGGUAUCAGGCCUUCCCCCACAGAAACCCUCAGCCCCGCUGGCCCCUGAACUGAACAACAGCCUCCAUCCAGCACCCAACACCAAGGGUCCCACCCUGACCCCUGGCUUGGAGCUGGUCAGCCGGCCCCCGUCGAGCACUGAGCUUGGCCGCCCCCCUCCUCUGGCCUUGGAAGCUGGGAAAUUACCCUGUGAAGACCCUGAGCUGGAUGAUGACUUUGAUGCCCACAAGGCCCUGGAGGAUGAUGAGGAACUUGCUCACUUGGGCCUGGGUGUGGAUGUGGCCAAGGGAGAUGAUGAGCUGGGCACCCUGGAAAACCUGGAGACCAACGAUCCCCACCUAGAUGAUCUGCUCAAUGGAGAUGAGUUUGACCUACUGGCCUAUACUGACCCUGAGUUGGACACUGGAGACAAGAAGGACAUCUUCAAUGAGCACCUGAGGCUGGUGGAGUCAGCCAAUGAAAAGGCUGAGCGGGAGGCCCUGUUGCGGGGGGUGGAGCCAGGACCCCUGGGCCCUGAGGAACGCCCUCCCCCUGCCGCUGAUGCUUCUGAGCCCCGUCUGGCACCAGUGCUCCCUGAGGUGAAGCCCAAGGUAGAGGAGGGUGGGCGCCACCCUUCCCCUUGCCAGUUCACCAUCACCAACCCCAAGGUAGAGCCAGCGCCUGCCACCACUUCCCUAGGCCUGGGACUGAAGCCAGGACAGAGUGUGAUGGGCAGCCGGGACACACGGAUGGGCACAGGGCCCUUUUCCAGCAGUGGGCACACUGGAGCCACAGGAGGACCACCAGCUCACCUGCUGACCCCUAACCCACUGAGUGGCCCAGGAGGAUCCUCUCUGCUGGAGAAGUUUGAAUUAGAGAGUGGAGCCCUGACCUUGCCCGGUGGACAUGCAGCAUCUGGGGAUGAGUUGGACAAGAUGGAGAGUUCUCUGGUCGCCAGUGAGUUACCGCUACUUAUUGAAGAUCUGCUGGAGCAUGAGAAGAAGGAGCUGCAGAAGAAACAGCAGCUCUCAGCACAGCUGCAGCCAGCCCAGCAGCAACAGCAGCAUUCUCUACUGUCCACACCAGGCCCUGCCCCGACCAUGUCUUUGCCACAUGAGGGCUCUUCUUCCACUUUGGCUGGGCCCCAACAACAGCUUGCCCUGGGACUUGGAGGUGCACGACAGCCAGGCUUAGCCCAACCACUGAUGCCCACCCAGCCACCAGCUCAUGCCCUUCAGCAGCGCUUGGCCCCAUCCAUGGCCAUGGUGUCCAACCAAGGGCAUAUGAUGAGUGGGCAGCAUGGGGGGCAGGCAGGCUUGGUGUCCCAGCAGAGUCCACAGCCAGUGCUGGCACAGAAGCCCAUGGGAACCAUUCCACCCUCCAUGUGCAUGAAACCCCAACAGCUGGCGAUGCAGCAGCAGCUGGCUAACAGCUUCUUCCCGGAUACAGACCUGGACAAAUUUGCUGCAGAAGAUAUCAUUGAUCCCAUUGCAAAGGCCAAGAUGGUAGCAUUGAAAGGCAUCAAGAAGGUGAUGGCUCAGGGUAGCAUUGGAGUGGCACCUGGUAUGAACAGGCAGCAAGUGUCCUUGCUAGCCCAGAGGCUCUCAGGGGGGACUGGCAGUGAUCUGCAGAACCACGUAGCAGCUGGGAGUGGCCAGGAGAGGAAUGCUGGUGACCCCUCCCAGGCUCGUCCCAAUCCGCCUACUUUUGCCCAGGGAGUGAUCAAUGAGGCUGACCAGCGGCAGUAUGAAGAGUGGCUGUUCCAUACCCAACAGCUCCUACAGAUGCAGCUGAAGGUACUAGAGGAACAGAUUGGUGUGCACCGCAAAUCCCGGAAGGCUCUGUGUGCCAAACAGCGUACUGCCAAAAAGGCUGGCCGGGAGUUCCCAGAGGCUGAUGCUGAGAAGCUCAAGUUGGUUACGGAGCAGCAGAGCAAGAUCCAGAAACAGUUGGAUCAGGUCCGGAAGCAACAGAAGGAGCACACAAAUCUCAUGGCAGAAUAUCGGAAUAAGCAGCAGCAGCAGCAGCAACAACAGCAGCAGCAGCAGCAGCAGCAACAGCAGCAGCAACAACACUCAGCGGUGCUGGCCCUUAGCCCUUCCCAGAGUCCUCGGCUACUCACCAAGCUCCCUGGUCAGCUGCUCCCUGGCCAUGCGCUACAGCCACCACAGGGACCCCCUGGUGGGCAAGCUGCUGGACUUCGUCUGCCCCCAGGGGGCAUGGCACUACCUGGACAGCCUGGUGGCCCCUUCCUCAACACAACCUUGGCCCAACAACAACAACAACAACAACAUUCUGGCGGGGCUGGAGCCCUGGCUGGCCCCUCAGGGGGCUUUUUUCCUGGCAAUCUUGCUCUUCGAGGCUUGGGACCUGAUUCGAGGCUUUUGCAGGAAAGGCAGCUACAGCUACAGCAGCAACGCAUGCAGCUUGCCCAGAAAUUGCAACAGCAGCAGCAGCAGCAGCAGCACCUCCUAGGGCAGGUGGCAAUCCAGCAGCAACAGCAGCAGGGACCUGGGAUACAGGCAAACCAGGCUCAUGGUCCCAAGCCCCAAGGGCUUCUGCCUUCCAGCGGCCAUCAGGGUCUCUUGGUCCAGCAGCUGUCCCCUCAACCACCUCAGGGGCCCCAGGGCAUGCUGGGCCCUGCCCAGGUGGCAGUGAUGCAGCAGCAGCAACCACACCCUGGAGCUUUGGGCCCUCAGGGUCCUCACAGACAGGUGCUUCUGACGCAGUCCCGGGUGCCAAGUUCGCCUCAGCUGGCACCGCAAAGUCAGGGCCUUAUGGGACAUCGACUUGUCACAGCCCAGCAGCAGCAGCAACAGCAGCACCAACAGCAAGGACCCAUGGCAGGGCUUUCUCAUCUUCAGCAGGGUCUGAUGCCACAUAGUGGGCAGCCCAAGCUUAGCACUCAGCCAAUGGCCUCCUUACAGCAACAGCAGCUACAGCAGCAGCAGCAACAGCAGCUACAGCUACAGCAGCAGCAGCAGCUACAGCAGCUACAACAACAACAGCAGCUACAACAGCAACAGCAGCUUCAACAGCAGCAGCAGCUUCAACAGCAGCAGCAGCUUCAACAGCAGCAGCAGCAGCUACAACAGCAGCAGCUUCAACAGCAGCAGCAGCUACAACAGCAGCAGCAGCUUCAGCAGCAGCAACAGCUACAACAGCAGCAGCAGCUUCAACAGCAGCAGCAGCAGCUUCAACAGCAGCAGCAGCUUCAACAGCAGCAGCAACAGCUACAACAGCAGCAGCAGCUACAACAGCAACAGCAGCAGCUACAACAGCAACAGCAGCUUCAGCAGCAGCAACAGCAGCUUCAGCAGCAGCAACAGCAGCAGAUAGGCCUCUUAAACCAGAGUCGAACUUUACUGUCUCCUCAGCAACAGCAGCAGCAAGUGACUCUUGGUCCUGGAAUGCCAGCCAAGCCUCUGCAACAACACUUUUCUAGCUCCGGAGCCUUGGGCCCAACCCUCCUCUUAACGGGCAAGGAACAAAGCAUUGCAGAGACCACUCUUCCUCCAGAGGCUACUGAGGGGCCCUCCACACAUCAGGGAGGUGUAGCAAUGGGGACUGUACCUGAGGCAGUGCCCACUGAACCAGGGGAAGUAAAGCCCUCACUCUCUGGGGACUCCCAGCUCCUGCUUGUCCAACCCCAGGCCCAGCCUCAGCCCAACUCUGUGCCACUGCAGCCACCUCUGAGGCUCCAAGGACAGCAGCAGCAGCAAGUUAACUUGCUCCACACAGCAGGUGUGGGCAGCCAUGGGCAAUCAAACAGUGGAUCAUCUUCAGAGGCCUCUUCUGUGCCACACCUGCUGGCCCAAUCCUCUGUUUCCUUAGGGGAGCAGCCUGGGCCCAUAACUCAGAACCUUCUGGGCUCCCAACAGCACCAUGGACUAGAGCGGCCCUUGCAAAAUAAUGCAGGGCCACAGUCUGCCAAACCAGGAUCUGUUCCCCAGUCUGGGCAGGGCCUGCCUGGGGCUGGAGUCAUGCCUACAGUGGGUCAGUUUCGAGCACAGCUCCAAGGAGUUUUGGCCAAAAACCCACAGUUGCGGCACUUGAGCCCUCAGCAGCAGCAGCAGCUGCAGACACUCCUCAUGCAGCGGCAGCUACAGCAGAGUCAGUCCAUACGCCAGGCCCCACCCUAUCAGGAACCUGGGACCCAGCCCUCUCCCCUCCAGGGUCUCCUAGGCCGCCAGCCCCAACUUGGGGGCUUCCCUGGAUCCCAGACUGGACCUAUCCAGGAGCUAGGGGCAGGGCUUCGACCUCAGGGCCCACCCCGGCUCCCUGCCCCACAAGGAGCCUUAUCAACUGGACCAGUCCUUGGUCCUGUUCAUCCCACACCUCCACCAUCUAGCCCACAAGAGCCAAAGAGACCUUCACAAUUACCAUCCCCUAGUUCCCAGCUCCCCUCUGAGGCCCAGCUCCCUCCCACACAGCCAGGGACUCCCAAACCCCAAGGGCUGCCCUUGGAGUUACCUCCUGGGAAGAUCUCACCUGCUGCUGCCCAGCUUGCAGAUACCUUAUUUGGCAAGGGGCUGGGACCUUGGGAUCCCCCAGACAACCCAGCAGAAGCCCAGAAGCCGGAACAGAGCAGCCUGGUACCUGGGCAUCCAGAGCAGGUGAAUGGGCAGGCGGUGCCCGAACCAUCCUAUCUCAGCAUCAAGCAGGAGCCUCGGGAAGAGCCAUGUGCCCUGGGAACACAGGUGGUGAAGAGGGAGGCAAAUGGGGAGCCAAUAGGGACACCAGGUACCGGCAACCACCUCCUGCUGGCAGGCCCCCGCUCAGAGGCCGGGCAUCUGCUCUUGCAGAAGCUUCUACGUGCAAAGAAUGUGCAACUCAGCACUGGGCGGGGGCCCGAGGGGCUGCGAACAGAGAUCAACGGGCACAUUGACAGCAAGUUGGCUGGGCUGGAGCAGAAACUACAGGGUACCCCCAGCAAUAAGGAGGAUACAGCAGCCAGGAAACCUUUGACACCGAAGCCCAAGCGGGUACAGAAGGCAAGCGACAGGCUGGUGAGCUCCCGAAAGAAGCUGCGGAAGGAGGACGGGGUCAGGGCCAGCGAGGCCUUGCUGAAACAGCUAAAACAGGAGCUGUCCCUGCUGCCCCUAACGGAGCCUACCAUCACCGCCAAUUUUAGCCUCUUUGCUCCCUUUGGCAGUACCUGCCCAAUCAGUGGGCAGUGCCAGCUGAGGGGGACCUUUGGAAGUGGGGCACUGCCCACUGGCCCUGACUACUAUUCCCAGCUGCUUACCAAGAAUAACCUGAGUAACCCGCCGACACCACCCUCGUCGCUGCCCCCCACCCCACCCCCAUCGGUGCAGCAGAAGAUGGUGAAUGGCGUCACUCCAUCUGAAGAGCUGGGGGAGCACCCCAAGGAUGCUGCCUCUGCCCGGGAUACUGAAGGAACAUUGAGGGAUACUUCAGAGGUGAAGAGUCUAGAUCUGCUGGCCGCCUUGCCUACACCCCCUCACAAUCAGACUGAGGAUGUCAGGAUGGAGAGUGAUGAGGACAGUGAUUCUCCUGACAGCAUUGUGCCAGCUUCAUCCCCCGAGAGCAUCCUGGGGGAGGAGGCACCUCGUUUCCCUCAGCUGGGCUCAGGCCAGUGGGAGCAGGAAGACCGGGCUCUUUCCCCUGUCAUCCCCAUCAUUCCUCGGGCCAGCAUUCCAGUCUUCCCAGAUACCAAACCUUACGGGGCUCUAGACCUGGAGGUCCCUGGAAAGCUGCCUGCCACAACUUGGGAAAAGGGCAAAGGAAGUGAGGUGUCGGUCAUGCUGACAGUCUCUGCUGCUGCAGCCAAGAACCUGAAUGGUGUGAUGGUGGCAGUGGCAGAGCUGUUAAGCAUGAAGAUCCCCAACUCCUAUGAGGUGCUGUUCCCCGAGAGCCCUGCCCGGGCAGGCAUUGAGCCUAAGAAGGGGGAAGCUGAGGGCCCUGGUGGGAAAGAAAAAGGUCUGGGAGGCAAGAGCCCAGAAGCUGGCCCUGACUGGCUGAAGCAAUUUGAUGCCAUGUUGCCUGGCUAUACUCUCAAGAGCCAGCUAGACAUCUUGAGCCUCCUGAAACAGGAGAGCCCUAUCCCAGAGCCACCCACCCAACACAGCUACACCUACAAUGUCUCCAAUCUGGACGUUCGACAGCUCUCUGCCCCACCUCCUGAAGAACCCUCCCCACCCCCAUCCCCCUUGGCACCCUCUCCUGCCAGCCCCCCUGCUGAACCCCUAGUCGAGCUCCCAGCUGAACCCUCAGUUGAGCCACCUGUCCCAUCGCCUCUGCCCCUGGCCUCCUCCCCUGAGUCCACCCGGCCCAAGCCCCGAGCCCGGCCCCCUGAUGAAGGUGAAGAUUGCCGGCCCCCUCGGCUCAAGAAGUGGAAAGGGGUGCGCUGGAAGCGUCUGCGGCUGCUCCUGACCAUCCAGAAGGGCAGUGGGCAGCAGGAGGAUGAGCGGGAAGUGGCAGAGUUUAUGGAACAACUUGGCACAGCCCUGCGACCUGACAAGGUGCCUCGAGACAUGCGGCGCUGCUGCUUCUGUCACGAGGAGGGUGAUGGGGCCACCGAUGGGCCUGCCCGUUUGCUGAACCUGGACCUGGACCUGUGGGUGCACCUCAACUGUGCCCUGUGGUCCACAGAGGUCUAUGAGACCCAGGGUGGGGCGCUGAUGAAUGUGGAAGUGGCCCUCCACCGAGGACUGCUAACCAAGUGCUCCUUGUGCCAGCGCACCGGUGCCACCAGCAGCUGCAAUCGCAUGCGUUGUCCCAACGUCUACCAUUUUGCCUGCGCCAUCCGCGCCAAGUGCAUGUUCUUCAAGGACAAGACCAUGCUGUGUCCAAUGCAUAAGAUCAAAGGGCCCUGUGAGCAAGAGCUGAGCUCUUUUGCUGUCUUCCGGCGGGUCUACAUUGAGCGGGAUGAGGUGAAGCAAAUCGCUAGCAUCAUCCAGCGGGGAGAGCGGCUGCACAUGUUUCGGGUAGGGGGCCUUGUGUUCCAUGCCAUUGGACAGCUGCUCCCUCAUCAGAUGGCCGACUUCCACAGUGCCACUGCCCUUUAUCCCGUUGGCUACGAAGCCACACGCAUCUACUGGAGCCUUCGCACCAACAACCGCCGCUGCUGCUACCGCUGCUCUAUUGGUGAGAACAACGGUCGGCCGGAGUUCAUAAUCAAAGUCAUGGAGCAGGGCCUGGAGGACCUGGUCUUCACUGACGCCUCUCCCCAGGCUGUGUGGAAUCGCAUCAUUGAGCCUGUGGCUGCCAUGAGAAAAGAGGCCGACAUGCUGAGGCUCUUCCCUGAGUACCUGAAAGGCGAGGAACUCUUUGGGCUGACGGUGCAUGCUGUGUUGCGCAUAGCUGAAUCACUGCCUGGAGUGGAGAGCUGUCAAAACUAUUUAUUCCGCUAUGGACGCCACCCCCUAAUGGAGCUACCACUCAUGAUCAACCCCACUGGUUGUGCCCGAUCAGAGCCUAAAAUCCUCACACACUACAAACGGCCCCACACCCUGAACAGCACCAGCAUGUCCAAGGCAUAUCAGAGCACCUUCACAGGCGAGACUAACACCCCGUACAGCAAGCAGUUUGUGCACUCCAAGUCAUCUCAAUAUCGGCGGCUGCGCACUGAGUGGAAGAACAAUGUGUAUCUGGCUCGCUCCCGCAUCCAGGGCCUGGGGCUUUACGCAGCCAAGGACCUAGAAAAGCACACAAUGGUCAUUGAGUACAUUGGCACCAUCAUUCGCAACGAGGUGGCCAACCGGCGGGAAAAAAUCUAUGAGGAGCAGAAUCGAGGCAUCUACAUGUUCCGGAUAAAUAAUGAACAUGUGAUUGAUGCCACGUUGACCGGAGGCCCUGCCAGGUACAUUAACCAUUCCUGUGCCCCUAACUGUGUGGCGGAAGUUGUGACAUUUGACAAAGAGGAUAAAAUCAUCAUCAUCUCCAGCCGGCGAAUCCCCAAAGGAGAGGAGCUGACCUAUGACUAUCAGUUUGACUUUGAGGACGAUCAGCACAAGAUCCCCUGCCACUGUGGAGCCUGGAAUUGUCGGAAAUGGAUGAAUUAAAAAGCUUUGAGGCUACCAGGCAGGGGAGUCCCUCCACCCCCAACCUCUUCCCUGAAAGGGAUGAGAGGGAAGAGAGGUAGCGGCCAGAGCCAGGACCCAGGGCUGGGGCUGCCGGCUGACCGGAGCCCCUGGAGCAGGAGGCUGGGGCAGAGGGCCCUAGGCCAAGCCCACCCUGGGCACCAGGGAUAACCCUCUUCCCUGCCAUCGGCCCCCAGGCUUGCAUCUCUGCCCCAGCUCCAGGAGGAGCCAGACAGAAGCAGCCAUUGGGCAUCUCAGGUUUGAGGGGGAUAUGGGCCGGGAACUACCCAGAAGCAUCUGGGAGGCAGCAGGGAGCGGGGAGGAGGACGUGUGGCCGGGCCUCACAGCCCUGCUGCUCCCACUGACCUCUUCGGCCCAACUCAAGGCUGCAAAGAGACUUGACUAAGCUUGACAAUCCCAAAGGCCGGGUCUCACACCUGGCCCUGCCUGCCGGGUCCUGCCCCCCCCCCUCACCCCCAUCCCCUUCCCUCUCAAUCUGUCUCUGUCUCCCUCGUAUCCUCUGUGUUUCUCUCUAUGGGUUUUGUUUCCUUGUUUUCCACUCUGACAAAUGCAACAUGAAUGGGAAAGAGGCGCCCAGCUGCCCAGAAGGGCAAGCCAGGCAAGCCGGGCAAGGAGACCCCACACCCACACCUACCUCAUUUAAGUGUUGGAUUUUUUGCUGUUUUGAAAUGUGAGACCCUCUCCAAGCCCCCUACUGCCCCAACUCUCUCCCCCACCUCACUGCCCUCUUCUGAGUGGGUGGAAGGGGGGUAGGAGGAGGAAGAAAACAACAACAACAAAAAAUCCAUCUUUGUUUUUAAUUCUGGGCAUGGGAUGGCGGCUGAGGCUAAUGAUGAUGAAGAUGGGGGAUGACUGGCCCUUAGUUGCUCUAGGACUUCCUUCUCCAUCUGGACAUGGGGGUAGGAGGGAUGUGCUAAACCUAGGUCCAGGAUAUUUCCCUCCUGUUUUCCCAACCCCAUCAUGAGCCCAUUUGCCCUCCAGCCCCUGGAUGGGGUGGGUGGGUGAUGGAGGUGAGGGCUAUCCCUGAGUGGCAUGCCCAUACCCAGUGAGGCGGGGUGUGGCCCAGAGCUCCCACUUUCCCUCAGUCACCAAACUGCUGCUGGUCUGGUGGGAAGAGGUGGUGAUGUGGGGGUGGGGAGCUUAGUGUCAGCGCGGGGAGGGUGGGGGGUAUUUAUCUAUUUAUACAUGGGAUUGUACAUAGUCUUGUGGGGCAUGGGGGAGCCGGCUGGAGGUGAGAACCCUCCCCUCUCCCCCCACCCUCGGGGAGAGCAAAUGUAAAACUACUAAUUUUUGUGCUUUAUAUAUUCUAUAUAAAUAUAUCUAUUUUCUUUUUACAAAACCAGUUUAUAAAUGGUAGGGGGGUGUGGGGCGGAUACAUGGAGCUCCCCUUGUGGGGGGGCCCCCUCCAUUACCCAACCUACCGCCCUUUUCCUCACCCCCUCCUCCCCACCCCCUGGCUGUGACUGCUGUAAGAUGGGGGUAUAGAGGCUGGGCAAUUCCCACCCCCUAUUGUAUAGUUGGACUAUUAUAACGCACAAAAGUGAGCUGGCCCCAGGGGGAGCCAGAGGGUGAUGGGUUCCCUGCCUCCCUUUCCUUCCCCUUUCUGCCCAAGCUUGUGCUGCAGUUGAACCUCUUCCUGGGGUAGGGGUAGAUCAGGGGGUGGGUGAAGCCCCACACCCCUGUGUGGUAGGGAGCCAUGGGGAUGAAGAUGAAGCUUAUGUGCAGUUCUCUCCUAGGGGCUGUGGGCAAAGGGCAUUUUGUAAUUAAUAUUUUCAAGAAUCAAAUGUAUGGAGUGUAGGGAUGGGCUUGGUGGUUGGUGGUGGAUGGGUGGGCCUGCUGGAAGGGGAGCACAGUCGCUGUUGUGAUUUUAGGUUUGUUUUUGUUUGUUUUUGAAUCGGGGAUUGUGGAUUGAUGGGGGUAGGGAGAUUUUUUUUUUUUUAAGCUGCUUCCUCAACUGUUUCAAGCUGCAAAUGUUUAAGAGAAUAACAUCCCUCCACCCUCACAGAAACCACUGUAAUUAAAUCAGACAGUGGGGAGACUGGGCUGCUGCUCCCAAAGCCAUCGGAUGUCCCUUUUCCAAGAGCAAAAGGUCUAGGCUACAGGGAUGGGGAGAUUGGCUCUUGUGAGUCAGGCUCUGGUUGGGGCCUGGGCCCUGGGAUUGGGAAAAGGGGAUGGGGCAGACUUUGUAAGCAUAUGCUAGGUAUCCGAUAGUCCUGUAGAAUUUAGUAAAGAAACCUUAUACAGUUUUUAAUUUUUAUAUAAACUAACUCAGACCCAAGUUACAAGGUUGGAAUUUUGGUUGUUGGUGUUUUUUUUUUGUUUUGUUUUUUUAAGUACCCCGCCUGUAUAAUUGCAUCAGAAUUCCCUCCUCCUCCCUCCCCCGUGUUUGUAUUUUGGGUUGGUUUACACUUGCACAUAUUCAAUUUUCAGUUUUUCCCCUUUACAGUCUUCUCCCCUCACCUCCAGGACCCUCCCCCUUUUAAAAAAAAAUAAAUCGCUGACAAGUGUGAAUCCCGUGAAGACUUUAUUUUGUGUUGUGUGUAUCCUGUACAGCAAGGUUGGUCUUUCGUAACAGCGGAUGAAAUGAUUCCCUUUUAAAGUGCCCGCCCUCCACCCCCAGCGCCCCUGUCCUUGGCAUGUUUUGUAUCAGCGAUCAUUCUGAACUGUACAUAAUUUAUGUUGCAAGAGGCAAAGGGCAAGUUUUGGAUUUUGCUUCUUCCAAGUUUGUUUUUAAACGACAAAUAAAAAGAGAACAUUUUAAAUA